UGGAAAGAAGUUGAGAGAGAGAAAAAGUGAUGCUACCUACCCAGUUGAGCACAAACUUAAUUGUAACUGCUCCUCCUUUCUCACCAACUCAUCAAUGUCUUCUUUUUGAGAAAAUGAAGAUCCCCAACUGAGUCACUCCAUUGCACCUCUUCUUCUAUCUUCUCUCUUUCUCUCUUCAAAUCUCAAACAUCAAAUGGGUAGAACACCCUGCACUGAAAAACAGCACCUUUUUAAAGGAGCAUGGUCUAAGGAGGAAGAUGAACUCCUCAUUAAUUAUGUCAACCGUCAUGGAGUAGGCAACUGGAGUUCUCUUCCUAAGGCAGCAGGUUUGCUUCGGUGUGGUAAAAGUUGCAGACUCAGAUGGAUGAAUUACCUGAGACCCAACCUCAAGAAGGGAAACUUCACUCAAGAAGAGACUGAUCUCAUCAUUCACCAGCAUAGCUUACUAGGAAACAAGUGGUCACAGAUAGCAGCAUGUUUACCUGGAAGAACAGAUAACGAGAUAAAAAACUACUGGAACACCCAAAUCAAACGUCAGCUCUAUGCCAAUGGAAUCGACCCUGUGACCCAUAAACCAUUCAACAAGGAAACCACUGACACAACAGACCCACCUGCUAAUUCUCAAGUGUCUGAGGUUGCCACCACAAAUGAGAUUAACAACAACAACAGUAGUUCCAGCUUCACUACGGAUGGCAGCAACCAAAUCCGCUAUUUUAAUGUUUUUCUCAAUUCAAAGGUGCAGAUCAGAAGUGAUGGUUACUCAGCAGGUGAUAAAGGUGAAUGCUCGAACAACUGUAGUGGUGUUACCAUAGAGGAAGCUCAUCCUCAAAUCAACUUGAACCUUUCCUUAUCUCCACCACCAAAGCCCCAAGAUUUUUGCGUGAACCCUGAAUGGCUGCAAUCACAAGGGCAACAAGAAGAGCGAGCUUUGUCUGCAAGGAAUAUGAAUGUUGAUGGUGGUAAACGAGGUUUGUGUCUGUGGUGCAGUCUAGGGUUGCAAAGUAACCAUGCUUGUAGCCGCAAAGACAAGGGUAACAGUGAUGAUUGCUGAGGAUCAUCUCAUGGGACAAAAACAUGAACGUCUGAGGUUUACAACUGAAGGCCUUUAGCUGUAGAAUUCCAGAAACUUUAGAAAAUUUCAGAUUAUUUAUGUUUCACUGAAUCAACUUGAAAAUCUUCAUUUUACAUGUCGACUGAGAAUGUCAAUGUGACAGGCCAGCCAACAUAAACAGUAGGAUCUUGGUGUAAAAUUUUGGAUUUGGUACUGCUUUAUGAAUGUUAAUUAUG